UGCAUCCGCAACAACGUUGAAUUUGUUUAUGCCGACUAUUUCCGCUCAUUCGCACUCUAUCAACUGUGGCAUAACUAUCUGAGGAUUGCGUUCACCGUAUCGCACAUAACAAUCAGCAUCGCAUCAUUUCUCAUCAUGGCUGCAGCCAUUGAACGCUAUCUUUGCAGAGGCAUUUCACUUCUUGGUUAUGUAUCUCGUCACAGGACAGGUAUAGGCGUUGGAGCCUUCCUCCUUGGUGUCUUACUACGUGGAACAGUUUUCUUUGAAAUUCAAAUAUACCACGUAAGCGAAUGCAGUGGAUUUGCAAGCAUUGGCGUGGAAUUAACCAAAUUGUCUCGGAAUCGUUACUACGAUGCGAUUUGGAGGUUUUGGACACGUAAAACGACAACCGUUUUCCUACCGUUUUUUACGCUCGCUUACUGCAAUGCAGCAAUUGUGUAUAAUCUGCAAACGAUUGAGCGUAAUCGAGUGGCAAAAACGUUGUUCUUGAGUAUUGUCUAUGGGAUGGAAUCGUUUCGUUUCAAAUCGCGCUUAAAAAGUGCAACACGGAUGCUUAUAAUGGUUGUGACGUGCUAUCUGAUAGCGAAUAUAAUUGACGUGUUCAUUGCUGCUUGGGAGUAUAUCGAUGGCGCAUCUUUAAUGGAGUAUGGAGAAUUUUAUACGGUCGCCACUGAUAUCGCUUCUUUCUUGUCGGUUCUUUCAGCAGGACUUCGGUUACCGAUUUACGUGAUCAAUGAUAGAGUGAUCCGGAAAGAGGUGAGUUUAUCAUUGAAAUGGACGAAAAUGAGCGAUGUUUCAUUACAACAAUUCAUUGAAUGGGCAAAAAUGCACGAAAAACACUUAAAUGCUGCAGAUAAGCUAUCGAUAUGCUGA